GAGCAGAGGCAGGGAUGAGUGCCACCAAGUUCAUUAAAUGUGUCACUGUUGGAGAUGGGGCGGUGGGCAAGACCUGCAUGCUUAUCUGCUACACCAGCAAUAAGUUCCCCACUGUUCUCGGUACUCGGUCUGGAUACAUCAGAGGACUUGGAAGUGGGCCGAAGCCAGUUAGGUCUACUUCUUCAGAUGCUACAUCCUCAUCCAGAUCAACUAAUGCUGCAUUGCGUGAAAGACUUGAAUCGACCCAAGAUGAGUUAGCGAACACCAAAAUUCAGCUAGCAAACACCCAAGAUGAGUUAGCAUCAAUUAAAUCAAGACAAAAUAUGUUUGAACAAAUACUUAACCGAUUGGCACCUGGAGCAUUAGAUUCCUUGAUCCAGGAUUCAUCUUCAGCUCCACCUCCUCCUCCUCCAUCUUAGGCUUUGAUGUUGUAGACUUUUGCAUAGAAACAUGAUGUUCUGAAAUUGUUUUGAACUUGUUUGGAUUUUUGGUUGUGAA